AUGCGAAACCUGCCCGCGGCUGUGGCAGGUGGUCCCAAAGAAAGACAUAGACGAGCACAGAGAUCACAAUUUGAUCAUGCAGCGCCUGUACCCCCAGGCUUUGUUGCCAAACCGGCUCUACCGAAAACUACCAAGCAUCACUCGUACUUCGAGUUUGUUGAAAACAAGGACAAGAAAAAGAAGCUUGAAUUCCAGAUCACCACGAAAAAAACACCACCCCCUGGGUUUGAGUUCGUUCCCGCCGGUAAUCCUGAACUAACGACAGCAUGCAAAGAACUAUCUCGCGAGAAGGAUGCGAUGAUCUUCAUUGUUUCGAACGCAAAAGAUCCUACUACUUCCAACAUUCUAUCGCAUCAGGUUCAUCGCAUCGGACAUCAUGUCCGGGAAACGAUAGUUGACGAAGCCCGUGCCAGUUUAGGACCAUCUAUCGAUCAGAUGUUGCCUGUCUCUCGCGGUGCCCCUGAGCCUAUUCCCAAAUCUCAGGAAGAAUACGAUGCACAGGUCGACGCCGCCCUGCGCGAUCUAUUCCCAAGAAUUCCAAACACUGAUCGCCAGAUGAUCAUUGAGCAUGCUUUCAGACGAGAUCCCACAAACAAAAGCGAAAAAGAGAAAGUUGGAUUUUCGGAGGAUAUUACUCUCGCUCGACGAGUUCAACUGGCAGUGCUUGCUCACAUUCGUCAUACUCACACGAGGUAUGAUACCCUACUAAGAGAGACCAGCUGGCAGAAUGCUCGCAAAGUCGUCGAAAACCUGUGCCUGGAUACACUCGUUAAGUGGCGAGGAGACGAGGAGAGUGGUCGGGAUCAGCUGGAUGAGAUUUUGCGGGAGGUGGUCGUGAUAUCCGAUUCCGAGGGCGAAGAGUCUGGCAACGAGUCUGACUCUUCCGUCGAAGAGGUUAUUUACCAAUCCACAAACCUCAUUCCCAGCCGAUCCGUCCAAAACAUCUCCGGUCAAGCCGGCCCAGGUCAUCGCCAAUCCCCCAGGCUCAACCUUGGCGUAAAAGCACCUGUCACCCCCAAAUCAAAAGGAAAGGUGAAGAAAGCCAAGCGUAAGACUUCGGCCGAGAAGAAAGGUCAGCGUGGGUUCAAGAGAUAUCAAGCCUGGCAAGAUGCCCUUGAUCGAAACCGCAAUGACCAAGACCAUGCUCCGAAAUCACCCCAAGCACCGGUCUCGCAGUACACACACGGGCCACCGCCCGCUGCUCUUGUUUCAAUAGGUGAUCCCCUACCACCAGCUUCUCAGCUAAGGUUGGUGUCAGGGGGUGUUGGGCCUGCCCCCUAUGAGAACGGCUAUGUUGGAAAGCCUCAGCAUCCUGCAAAUGGAUAUUUCAUAAGCUCGGGGCCGCAAGUUGCUCGCAAGGUAAAGUCUCCAUUUUAUGAGCCAUCGCUUUCUACGCGCCCACCUGUGUCCGUUGUGGCAGACCGGUUACAAGAUAUGCUGGUACGAUCCAUUGAACCAGCAUCCCCUGACGUUAUGAAACCAUCUUUUGUGCGUGCAGUGCCUCCUCGAGGUCAGGGUUUUAGGGAUGAACCACCUCAGAGUUCCAGUCUGCAGCGUCCGGCCGUCAUAACGUCUCCAUCUCGGCGUAUGAACAUGAGAGACGAGCCUAUGCAAGUCUCGCGGCCUAUACCAAGCGAACGCUUGGCUUAUGGGGAAAGGCCUUAUGAAUAUCCUGGACCAGUCCCUGCGCAUUCUGGGAAUGGUAUCCCUAACGAGCCUUCGCAUAGCUAUGAUACAAGGUCCAAUGGUGUGCAGAAUCCUGCAAGGAUUCUAGUAAGUCGUCGACCUUUCGAUGAGCUGCAAAGACAUGGAGACCGUGAUACGCCCAUCGUGAUGGAAGAUCGUGGUGGGUUCUAUGAGCGCGUGCCAGUUCGUUCCACUGGAGAUAUCGCAAUGUCCCGUGAUGAAAGAGUUCCAGAGUACAGAAGAGAUAUUCCAGAAGUAUCCAGGCCAUUGGGCGAUCGUCCGGCUGUUUGGCAAGAACAGCCUCGAUUGUUACGGGUCGGUCGAAGCAACGCAGAUGACAUCGUUCCAAUUGGCCAUGCACCCCUUGAAAGCCGACAGCGUGCUGUCGUGGCAGAACCUCGGGCUGUACCAUACCCCGUCCCUGUAAGAGCCCAAAGUGACAUAAGAGCAUACUUUGAGCCUGAACCGCGUCUCCUUCGCUACAACCCACCUGCCCCAGAGCCUCGUGCAGUCAUAAAUGAUCACAUGGCACCACGAUACGAGGCACUGCACGAAAUCCGUUACGAAGAACGAGGACCCGAAACCUUUCAGCGUCGGGAGCCAGUACACAGAUACUAUUGGGAUGAGCAUCCUAUUACAGAAGACCGUCACCGGCCUCCGCCAUUGCAAUCGCGUCGACCGGAGGACGUUAUUGUGCUUGAGUAA